UGCCUCCCAUGUCUCUCGAGGAGCAUUUUGGGGGUACGAUUAUCAGAAAUUAAGCUCCCAUACAUAUGAAACAUAUGGACACAGGUAUAUUGCAGUGCUACGUGAUUCCCUAUGCGUGCACAGUGCGAGUGAAAUUCAAGAACGAAUGCCAGUCCAAUAUGCCGGUAGUGACAAGUUCAUUUGCUUCGAGGAAGGAUAAAUCACAGUGAAAAACCAGUUGCGGGAUACGUAAUACAAAACAAUGGAAGUCAUCUACCUAGGGCUGCUCAUGUUCCUGAGCCUUACGAAUGCCCAACGCUUCAAUCUAGCUUUGAAUACAACCGAAGUUGAGGUACACGUGGACGACACGAUCACUAUCCCAUUCUCCCUAACGAUGCCAGAAAGCUACGAAGGUGUCAUUAGCAUGGUGGGAAAAAGCUCAGACAAAAAUAUAGCGACAGUAGAAGUUCCUUGGGCUGCUGCACCUAGAGGACACCCCUGGAACGACAGUAUCAGGGUCAAAGGGAUGAUGUUGGGACUGACCGUCAUCGAAUUGGAUGUUGUCAAUUAUGAUGAUAUAGUUACCACAACCGAAAAACUGACCGUAACAGUGAUCCGUCCAGAGCGUGUAAUAGACACUCUGUUCACAGUCAGCGUAGCGACACUAGUAUCAAUUCUGUACAUAAAUUUUGGCUGUGCAAUGGACUGGUCCGUGUGCAGGGAGACCCUGAGUCGGCCCAUCGGUCCACUCAUUGGUGGAGUCUGCCAAUUCCUCAUAAUGCCACUCCUGGCAUUUGGCAUUGGACGAGUCCUAUUCCCCGACAAUCCCGCGAUGCAAAUUGGUAUUUUUUUCACGGGCAUCAGUCCAAGUGGUGGUGCAUCAAAUAUUUGGACGGUUCUGCUGGGUGGAAAUCUUAAUCUCUCUAUUGCUAUGACUUCUCUGUCUACAUUAGCUUCUUUUGCGACAAUACCUUUCUGGAUUUUCACACUUGGAAAAUACAUUUUCGACAGUGGAAAUCUCAUAAUCCCGUACAAAAGGAUAGCCUACAUAGCAAUCGGCCUCGUGGUACCCGUGGCGAUAGGAUACUUAAUCCAGAAAAAGUUGCCAAGAGUAUCCAGGAUACUGGUACGGUUCAUGAAGCCGUUCGCCGUCAUUCUGAUUCUAUUCAUCGUUACUUUCGCUGUCUUCACAAACUUGUACCUAUUUGAGCUGUUCUCCUGGCAGAUUGUGUUGUCGGGUAUGGGAUUACCCUGGCUAGGUUUUAUUUGCGGUUUGCUGGCGAUGACAAUCUGCCGGCAACCGCAAGCCGACAUUCGUGCGAUUGCGAUUGAGACUGGCAUUCAAAACACAGGAAUUGCUAUUUUUCUGUUGAGAUUCAGCUUGAAGCAGCCGGCUGCGGAUUUGACGACAGUAAUUCCAGUUGCCUGUUCAAUGAUGACACCACUCCCUCUAGGGAUCCUCUGGCUAAUAAAAUUAGUAGUAGAUCGUCGAAAAAAAAAAUACAACUUCAUCUGCAGAAUUCCUUGACUCCCGACGAAUCUCAUUGUCAUUUCCCCGAACAUAUGGACUAUAACGAGCCCUCCUGAGCUGCUACUUAAAAGUGUCGGACUGUAGCGAAAGAGAAAUAAUGGCUGUGUUGCAAAAUGCAUUAAAUUAUACGCGUCUGCCGAUUAAAGUCUGCAAUAUCUGUUUUGAAAUUCGAAAAAUUAUCACUGGUUGAUAUUCUCGUAUUAGAAAUUUUAAACUGGAUAUUUUUCACCGGAUCAACAGUUACCACAAUGGGGAGAUGAACCCAUUCUUUUCGGUUUUCUUUAACCCUGAAAUGGAAAAGUGUAGAAGCUCCCAUUAUCUUCCACUCAUAAACUGAUGCCAUUUUUUCAAUGAUUUGAAUUAUCUCUUUGGGAUGAACUUAAAACUCAUUGGACGAAUUCGACUAUAUUAUCAGCCAUAUGCGACAUUGUUAUUCUGUAGUUCAUCCACCCAAUGUGACAAUCAAAACUGUAAUAAUGUUUAUGGUUUAUCUACUUUGUUGAAGAAGAUACUGUUUUUUAUAUAAAGUUUUUAGAAUGAUCAAA